AUGGUUGAACAAGUGCCUGCGAAUUACGGAAACUUCCACCAAGAAAUUUAUUUACCACGUAGUUUCCUUCACUUCUGCGGGUUAUGGCCAAGCGCGACUUUCUUGCAUUUUUCCUCUAUUUUAAUCAUAAUUUUGAUCGUCCUUUGGCUGCCUUUUGCCGCAUUUUUGUUCUCCAGCGACUCUAUUGAAGACAUUGUCGAGUCCACUGGGUAUGUGCUAAGUGUGACCAACACAAUCAUCACCAUGUUGAUAGUCCGCUGGAAUUUCUCAUCAAUUACCGCAAUUACCAAUCACAUGAGCGACAAUUGGCUCUGCAUGCCAUUUAUUUCCAAUGAGGACAAACAAAUGCUUCAAAAAAAUUUAUUAAGCUCAAAAUUUGUCCUCCGCUUGGCAUUUUCCUUCGUUAUCUUCUGUGUUAUCACUUUCUCAACAAUGCCAUAUAUUUUUGCAGCGAUUUUAGGACAUGAAUUACCUCGCCAAGUCGCGAGAGUCGCUUGGUAUCCGUUUCCUUUGGAAAAUUUUUUUGUCAUCUUAUUAACUUCUAUUUUUACAAUAGCUACAAUCUUUAUCGACUCGCUAAUCGAUGUUGCGAUUGAUGCAUUUACUAUCAUGGCAGUUUUUCACUGCGAGGGACAAUUGUCAUUACUCUGUUCUACCAUUUACAAAUACAGAGGAUUAAUCAGGCAUUCGGGUGAUAAUUUUACGGAAUUGAGAAGCUAUCAAAAAUCAUGUCCUUGUCUGAAAUGCAUCGUUGAUCAUCAUGUAGACAUCGGUCUUUUUUCAGCGCAAGAGAAAAAUAUAUCCGGAAUAAUAAUUCAUUUAUUGUAUGUGUGCUGGAGCGGGUUCAGUCUAAUUAUUUAUUGCUCGCUGGGUGAAAAACUGAGUAAGAAAAGUGAGGAGGUCGAAAGAGCAGUAUGUGAAAUCGAUUGGAGCGUUAAAAAGAGCAAGCAAUCCCGGUCUUUGAUGCUGAUAAUAAUUCGCAGCAGAAAAGCAUUUGCUAUAACUGCGGGGAAAAUUUUUACGAUGAACUUACUCUUCUACAAGGAGGUAAGUAUAUUUUUAUA